UACCAAUCGGUAAUAACUAGAAGUCAUUUAGUGAUUAGGUAUAAAGACCCAACCGCAGUGUAAUGCACGACAUUGUAGAAAUAAUGGCGUUUAAGAUUCUCUUGUUCGCGGUUUUCGUAUCGUUUGCCAGUGCAGGCGUACUCGCACCAGUACCGGCCAUCGUAAAACUGACUGUAGCCGCUCAUCCGCCGGUUGUAAGCGUGGUCUCACCGGCAAUCACAAAGACCGUGGUCUCUCCAGGUUCCUACUCAUCCUCGUACAGGAGCGAUAUCAUCACGCCGCGGGUCAAAUACGUCGAAACCCCUGGCGUCAGCAUCACGGUGCCGCAAACGGCUGUCGUCGCUACUCAUGUCCAUCACGCCGUUCCGGUCGUUCCAGCCGUCGCCGUAACGAGAGUAGAGAAGGUCGUGCCCGUUUUUCCAACCGUCUCCGUCUCCAAAGUCGUGCCGGUUGUGCCCACGCUGACCAAAAUCGUGCAUGCUCACCCGGCACCCCUGAUAGUAGCACCGACGGUUACGAAGACCGUGGCGAUCAAGUCUGCGUACGUUGCACCCAUUCCUCUUACCCACGGAUUGGUAUCCCACAGCAUUGCUCAUUUAUAA